UGGAGGGAACGGUAGCGUGGCCAGUUUCCGGUGUGGCAGAGCAGACCGGGGCGCGCAGAGAUGUCGUACGUGUACGCGACGACGAUCGCUUGUCAUGUUUGACCGUAUCGUCGUAGUUGUGUGUACUGUAGAAUUCGGUGAUAGUGCAUAUCGUUGCGUAUCCUCGCAGGACCGAUCGACCGUCCGAUCCCGCGUUCCUUGUGCGGUGGCGAAAAAGCGCGCGCAAUGUCCACAGGUAUGCAGUUCUACAAGGAGAAGCUGCUGUCGCCCGGCCAGCUGAAACGAUUGAGCGAGCACAAGUACAGUUGCACGAGCAAGAGCCUCCUGGAUGGCCUCUUGCAACCCUGGUGGGACUGGCUUGUCAGCAAGGUGCCGCUUUGGCUCGCGCCGAAUCUCAUCACCGUGCUCGGGCUCAUCGUCAACAUCGUCACCACUCUGAUCCUCGUCUACUACAGCCCGGACGCGAGAGCCGAGGCACCUAGAUGGGCAUGUUUUUUAUGUGCACUUGGUCUAUUUAUAUAUCAGAGUUUAGAUGCUAUCGAUGGUAAACAGGCUAGGAGAACUGGCACAUCUACACCCUUGGGAGAAUUAUUUGAUCAUGGAUGUGAUUCGAUAUCGACAGUGUUUGUUGCUUUGUCAGCAUGUAUAGCGGUACAAUUAGGAUAUUAUCCAAUGUGGAUGUUUUUCCAGUGUUUCUGUGCAAUGACACUAUUCUAUUGUGCUCAUUGGCAAACCUAUGUUUCAGGUUCCUUGAGAUUUGGAAAAGUGGAUGUAACGGAAGCACAAUUUACUAUCAUAACUAUUCAUCUGAUUUCCGCUAUCUUUGGCCCAGAGAUCUGGAUGAUGGAGAUCCCUGUGCUCGGUGUAGGCACACUCAAUAACUACAUAGCAGUGAUCUUUUAUGCAGGCUACGUUCAGGUGUUCCUUGAAUUCUGUAAAGUCUUUGAAUCUGGUGGGAUUGGAAAAAAUGGUUCCACAAUUGCAUUGCCAUACACUGGCAUAGAGGUGAAGGUGUUUCCAUUAUGGGCUGCUGUGGGCAUCGCUAUUUUACUUGCACAGAGCAGCAUAUCCGUCAUUCUCGCCGGUGGUGUCGGAAAAAAUGGCUCCACCGUCGCAGGAACAUCCGUCUUGUCGCCAAUUAUACCAUUUAGUUUCGUGAUAGUACCAGCUUUUAUAAUAUAUAGAAAAAGUGCUGAGCACGUCUAUGAAAAUCAUCCAGCCUUGUACAUACUUGCGUUUGGGAUGGUUGCAGCCAAAGUUACCAACAGAUUAGUGGUUGCUCAUAUGACCAAAAAUGAGAUGCAAUAUUUGGACAGUUCCCUGAUCGGUCCAGCUAUGCUGUUCCUCAAUCAAUAUUUUAAUUUUUUCAUCAAAGAGUAUUAUGUUCUUUGGCUGUGUUUUAUCUGGGUUACUCUGGAUCUCUUUCGGUAUAGUGCUCAAGUGUGUCUUGAAAUAUGUGAUCACAUGAAGAUUAAGUUAUUCAGGAUACCAUGCGACCAUCAUACAAGCACUAGCCAGAUUUCUAACAUCGCUGAGAAAAAUGGAAGAGAAAUACGGUGUACACCUAAAUGAGGAUGGCUAUAUGAGGAUGUCAUGAAGUUUUUUUUUUAUAUCAUUAUUAAUUAUUAGUCGAAAAUUUUUUUAAUAUUGAUGAUUAAGCUGAUUUCGAUAUAUGUACCUUCUUCAUUACUGUAGGAUUCUCGUUAUAGCAUAAUAGAAAUUAUGCAUCAAAUGCAAGAUUAAAAAUCAAAAUGAGAAGACAUUAUUCAUAAAUAACUCUAGUCGUUGGAAAAUUAAAGUCAGAUUGUCUUUUGAAUGCUAGAUCAAAUUUAUAUUUUUUUUAUAUAAUGUAAUAAGAUUUAUGAAAUUAUUUUCAUCAUUUAAUACAGUAUUUAAACAAUUUUAUAUAAUGAGUUUUGAAAGAUAUCUUGAUACAGAUUUUUCUGAUUUUACUUUAGUUUAUCAAGAAACACAAUUAAUACAUUUGAGGAUAUAAAUUUAUUUGUAUUUGUUAACAGAAGUUGUAAAGUAUAUCAAAAAGGACAAUUUUUUUUCUUCGAAAUAUGUUUAACAAGUAUAACAAACUGUAUAAAUUUUUUUUUCAAAAUCUAUAUCUUGAUAACGUGCCUCAUGAACAUUUUCUAUUUAUGUUUUCAUAUAUGUGUCUGUGUAUUUGAUAAAAAAAACAAUUUAAAAAGAAGAUAAGAUAAACUGAGUAUGUGAGAAUAUACAAAGAGGCUACAGACAGUUAUAGCUUUGCACUAGAUACGUUUGUUUAUUUCUAUAUUGUAUGACAAUAGAUACGAUAAAGAUCCUAAGAUAAUAUCUUAUUAAAAGAUUCUUUAUGUAAGUGUACACACAUUCUGAGGCAGGUGUAUAUAUAUAUAUUUUAAAUAUAUUACGUAUGUACACAUUUUACACAAAAUGUUACAAGCAAAUGGCAGAUACAUGCUUAAUUAUUAUUUGUAUAAUAUAUUUCAUGUGUAAUUUUAUUAGAAUAAUAUUUCCUCUUGUGCUAAAUAAUAAGUAAUUAAAUUUUUAUAAUACAUUAUUAAAUUUAUUAGAUAUAUAAACUGCAAAAACUUGAUAUAUAAUAGAUAUUUGGAAUGUUCAUAUUCAUAAUUUUUCUAUUGUACUAUUCUUAAAGGAAUGUUACUCUAGGAGAACAUAAUAUAACUAAGGGAACGUUUCCUUAUUGAUAAAAUAUCUCAAUUACAAUAUAGCUUUUUUAGAUAAAUUAAAAUGUUCCUUCCAUUUUUUUAUCAUAAUUUAACAAACUGCGCGGUCAAAAAUAAUUUUAAAAUUUUUUCCAUUUAAAAACAUUAUGUUAUUGUUGUAAAUGGAUGAAGUAGAGCAGAUAAAUGAUUACUCUAACUAUAAUUAUAUUUUUGUAAAGACAGUACUAUAAAUGUUACAUUAAAUGAAAUGUAAUUUUAUUGAACUGUACUGCAUUUCUCGAGUUUUGUUUCUUUAUUGUAUACAUUAUAUAUUCUGGAUAAAUGUAUUUGUAUACUGUAAUUAUUUUUUAUUCUAAUUUAACCAGACGUGUUAGAAGUUUUUUUGCAAGAAUUAAUUUAAUCAAGUCAUACUCGACAAAUCUAAUGUUAAUUAUACUGUAUCAUAUUUAGAAAAUUAUGUAAUUUAAAAUAAAUUUUUGAAUUUAUUUAUGGAAAUGCACCAAUAGCAAAAAGAUUUUACAUAUUGUGGUGCAUUUGGCGCUUUAAAAAAAAAAUUGGUAAAAAUAAAAGAAACAAAUAUAAAAUUAUUAUUAUUUACAAAAUAUCAUAAAAAAAGUUAAUGUGUGCAUGUCUUCUGCUUUUCUGCUUCAUCUAAAAUCAUUGUUAUUUGUGCAAAAUUCGCUUAGACGUAACAUGAGAAGGUAAUGUGAUUAUCAUUGUGAAAAUCUACACUGGGAUAGAUCGAUUAAAAUAUAAAUUUGUUUCUAUAUGUUAAGAAAAUCACUGAUAUAAAUAUCUUAUGUAUAUCAUAUCAGUGUAAUAUUGCUACGUAUUAUGUGUGUACAACGAACAGUGAACUUUUUAUCAUGCAUGUUUCCAAAUCAUUUGCAUGUGCACUUAGUCUUUUUAUGUUUAUUAAUUGUUAUUUCUGAAUUAAUUCUGAUUAGUUUCAAUUCAUUUGUACACCUACAAAUGUAUUGAAUUAAUAAUGAAUUAAUAACGAAUUAAUAACAAAUGAAUUAAUAAUGUGUAUAGUUUACUUCUUACAUUUAAUAGAUUAUUAAUAAUUUUUUAGUACAUUAAAACAAUUUGCAGAUUAAAA